UAGGACCAUGAACUUCUGAAGUUGCUGCUGCUGUUCCUCUCUCUCUGAAUGAAGAUUGAGCUUCACCCCAGACUGCAACUUCCUUCCUCUCUCCAACAUCUAGUAUUUGAUAUGAAAACUGAAGUUUAAAAAACAACAGAUGAAGGGCUUAUGCCCAAAACACCGACUCUCCUGCUCCUCAGAUGCUGCCUGACCUGCUGUGCUUUUCCACACUUUUCGACUCGGACUCCCAAGCGUCUGCUGUCCUCAAUUUCAAGUCAAUGUCUGACAGUCGUUCAGUCCAUUGGGCCUGUAACGAGUUUUGACUAAGAUUCUGUGAGAAGGAGCAAAGUUUUUUGGUCCCUGUUUCAGUACGUUUUCAGCAUCAGUGGGACGGAAUGAGAGAUCCUACUGUUACAGUGCACUGAGUGUGGAACCUAAAACAGUUAUUCAGCCUGGAAAGAGGAAUUCACGGUGGGGAGGGACUGUACACAUGUUUGUGUACCGCUGAAGCUUCAGCCAUGGAGAAACCCGAGGAAUCCCUCCCCGUGGAGAAAUCUUGGAAGUGUGGCGACUGUGGGAAAGGCUUCCAUGUCCCGUCUGUCCUGGAGGCUCAUCGGCGCAGUCACACUGGGGUCAGGCCAUUCUCCUGCCCUGAGUGUGGGAAGGGGUUCAGCAGUUCCUCCACCCUGCUGAGGCACCAACGGGUCCACACAGGGGAGAGGCCCUUCAGCUGCUCCGAGUGCGGGAAGGCCUUCAGCAAUUCCUCUGACCUACUGAAGCACCAGCGUGUCCACACCGGGGAGAGACCAUUUGCCUGCCCAGAGUGCGGGAAGGGGUUCAGCAGUUCCUCCGCCUUGCUGACCCACCAGUGGGUCCACACAGGGGAGAAGCCCUUCAGCUGCCCCAAGUGUGGGAAGGCCUUCACCCAGGCCUUUUCCCUGCUGAGGCACCAGAGUGUCCACACCAGGGAGAGACCAUUCGCCUGCCCAGAGUGCGGGAAGGGGUUCAGCGAUUCCUCUGCCCUGCUGACCCACCGGCGGGUCCACACAGGGGAGAGGCCUUUCAGCUGUCCUGAGUGUGGGAAGGCCUUCACACAUGCCUCCAACCUGCUGACCCACCGGUGGGUCCAUACCAGGGAGACGCCCUUCAGUUGCCCCGAGUGUGGGAAGGCCUUCAGCAAUUUCUCCCACGUGGUGAUCCACCGGCGGGUCCACUCCGGGGAGAGGCCAUUCACUUGUCCUGAGUGCGGGAAGGCCUUCAGCAAUUCCUCUGACCUACUGAAGCACCAGCGGGUUCACACCGGCAAGCGGCCCUUCAGCUGCCCUGUGUGUGGGAAGGCCUUCACCCAGUCCUGCAACUUGCAGAGGCACCAGCGGGGGCACCAGCGCUCCCAACAAUCGGAUUCUGCCGGUGAGGCUGCUGUGGGUCACCCCCAGGACUGAACCUCCUGCCCAGUCUGACAGUGGGAGAGUUGGUGGGCUUGUUUUGUUUUCUGCUGGACAGCACCCACUCCCACGGUGGCUCAGUGGUGAGUAGCAUUGCCUCCCAGUGCCAGGGACCUGGCUUUGAUUCCACUAUUGGGGCAACUAUCUGUGUGGAGUUUGCACAUUCUCCUCCUGUGCCUGUGUGGGUUUCCUCUGGGUGUUCCGGUUUCCUCCCACAGUCCAAAGGUGUGCAGGCAGGGUGGAUUGGCGAAGCUAAAUUGUCCCAGUGUUCAGGGAUGUGUAGGUGUGGUGUAUUAGUCAGGGGAAAUGUCGAGUA